CCGGACACAGUGAACAUUGUCAAAACACAUAACAACUGCACAUAAAGGAAAGAAAUAUAAUUUUCAUAAGUUUGGGACUGGAGAUAAGCCAAGAAAUCCAAUGGCGAACUUGCCCAGGCAUUUGGAACCACAAUGGGAGCUUUUCAGGAACGAGCCGCUGAAAGCCCAACUCCGCAGAGAAGUCAUCAGACAUCGACAGGAAGAAAUAGACAAGGGCAGGGGCGAUAUCAGUGAGCACUGGUGGUACGAUCAGCGAUACGUGGACAAGGUGGUGCCCGCUGAAUAUGUUGACCCAGAUGGUCUUGAUACUUUUAAUUACAGGUGAGGGAAAGCGGAACGUCUCCGAGGAAACUUGGGGGCGUCCACAUGGGGUUUUUGCCUCUUCGUGGCGUGGCAGACUAGUAGGGAGGUCAAUCACCCGAAGCUAAAAAUCCCCGGCCGACACAUGACUCCCAACGCAACGGGAGGAGUAAAGUCGUAACAUGAUUACUUGUUGCCGUUCAUGGAUAUGAGGUUUGGGUGGCGGUUAAAACCCAUGCCGAUGAUUUUAGCUACACGACCGUUUUGUCCCAGCUCUCGUCUCGACAAGAGACUCCGUGGAUUGUAACUUUUGGGAGAGUGGACCGCGAACGCUUUAAACGCAGCGUUUUCGGUCGACCGGACGUUCCCCAGGCCACGGGGGAGGGGGGCGUUUCCGGUGUGCCCCCGCACGGGCUGGUGGCGGGGAAACCCGGCGUUUGGUCCAUGUAGAGGUGUGCCGGGGGGGGGGGACAUCAAGAGCUCAUGCUUGACGGCCCCCCGACGCCAUUUCCCCAUCUUACGUUAGUUACAGGUGAGAAAAGAAAAGUUUUUUUUGUUUUUUUUUUUUCAAUCGUGAGACUUUUACGGCUGUCGAGGGUUGGGUAUACAUAUUGACUUUACCAAAGAAGCUCAGGUUACUGAGUCCUUUCUACGAUGUAUGUAUUACGAUUUUAACUUUAAUCCUUUAGGGUACGGCUAUUAUCUUAACGGUUAAAGGAAACAACAUCUCACUCGUGAUUAUUUCAGAAAUUUUACCCCGGGGUGGGGGGGAGCACUCUUCAGAUUUUUCGGGGGGGGGGGGGCAGUGCNUUGCUCCUGGGGGGGGGGGGCUCUUGAAGAGGUAUAUCUGAAAGAAACCCUGAUCUCACUGAUCAAUGAUUUGUUAAUGUUAACUGGAGUACAAUGAUUUCUCGUAAAAGGAAUGUUCAUUAGCUUGAACCGGAUCUAUGAAUGACUUAUUAAAUGAGUUUUGGCGUAACUUAGGUCGGUAGCACGUGCAAGUCUUUUUAUGUUGAAAGAAUAAAGAGUCUGAUUUGAAUGUCUGCUAGCGGCAUGGUUCUAAUCAGUGGCGUAGCUAUAGGCUUAGUGUCGCAAAGGGUGAGCCACGAUUUUUGCCGCCAGUCCCCUUUUCCAUGAAAAAAAACAAAAAACUCGCAGUUGGCCGAAAAUGCCGCCCCUCAAUAUUACAAGAAAUGUGUCACCCGGGACGGACCAUCCCACUCCUCUGCACCCCAUUCCUACGCCACUGGUUUUAAAGCCAUAAUAAAAAUUUUAACAAUAUUUAACUAGGUCUAAAAUUCGUUAUGUGAAGUCUAACAUUUAAAACCGUAAUCGAAAUGUCCACGAACCAUAACACCAUUGAUCACUAUUGCUGAUUUACUUUUACCAUUUUGACAGAUAUCAAGUGUAUGCCCGGCACCCUCCGAUACAGUGUGAGCCCCGGUCUUUGGCCGAAGUCACAGACGAGCGACCGCCCC